ACAAUAGCGUGCUUCAACACAAGCUCGAAGCCACCGCUACAAGGUGCACAAACUCUUUCCGAUUGCUGGUGGUAAAGGCGGUCAAUUGGACAUCGACGACAUCUUUCACACUAUCAGCCGAUAAUGGCGACAGCGCCGAGGCUGGCGACCUCGCCCCUCCUGGCGCUCACCAGAUCGAUCUCCAAGGCUCCCAGGAGGACGGCGGCAAGAUGUCUGCCUCUGACGACGGCAAGGCUCAAAUCUGGCCCCUAUGGCUAUACUCAGACUAAGGCUCUCGUGUUUUCUAAGCCUGGAGAGCCCAGCGAUGUCCUGAAGCUACACACCCACUCGAUAUCCCCCUCGAUCCCCCAGCACGCCGCCACCCUCCGCGCCCUCGCGGCGCCCAUCAACCCGGCCGACGUGAACCUGAUACAGGGCACAUACGGCGUCAAGCCCACCUUCGACGCCAUGAUCGGCACGCCCGAGCCGGCCUCGGUCCCCGGCAACGAGGGCUGCUUCGAGGUCAUCUCGGUCGGGUCGGGGGUCAAGACGCUGAAGCCGGGCGACUGGGUCAUACCGGCGUCGACGGGCCUGGGCACGUGGCGCACGCACGCGCUCGUCGACAACGCCGACGCUGCCCUGAUCCGGGUGCCCGAGGGCGACGGCGCGGCGCUCACGCCGCUGCAGGCCGCCACCGUCAGCGUCAACCCGUGCUCGGCGGCCCGCAUGCUGCGCGACUACGUCGACCUCGUCGACCUGAGCGUGCGGGCGUACCGCAGCGGGGCCGGCGCCGACGGCGGCGCCUGGUUCGUCCAGAACGGCGCCAACAGCGGCGUCGGGCGCGCGGCCGUCCAGCUGGGCCGCCUGGCCGGCCUGCGGUCCGUCAACGUGGUGCGCGAGCGCGACACGCCCGAGGCCACGGCUGCGCUCAAGCGCGAGCUCGAGGACCUCGGCGCCACCGCCGUCGUGACCGAGGCCGAGUUCCUGGACCGCGGGUUCCCGGCCCGCAUGCAUGACGAGUGGACGCGCGGGGCCGACGUCAUGCUCGGCCUCAACUGCGUGGGCGGCAAGUCGGCGACGCAGAUGGCGCGUGUGCUGGGCGCUGGCGGCACCAUGGUCACGUACGGCGCCAUGUCCAGGCAGCCCGUUGCGCUGCCGACCGGCCUGCUCAUCUUCAAGGACCUCCGCUUCCGUGGCUUCUGGCUCAGUAGGUGGGCCGACGGUGACAGGGAGUCGAAGCGCAAGACGAUCGAGGAGAUCCUGGGCCUCAUCCGCACCGGCAAGUUCCGCGACGCCCCUGUGGACGAGGUUAGGUGGGACUGGGACACGGAGGAGGAGGUCCUGAAGGCGGCCGUCCAGGGCACGCUGCAGGGAUUCCGCAAGGGUAAGGGGGUCUUUGUGUUUGGAGACACUUGAGCUGUGGCUAUUGUGCUUCAGGGUCCGGUGCUGGGUGGUCUACUGUAUAAUUCGCUAGGAUGGUGUUGGUAAAUAUGGGCAAUGGUUUCUGGGGAUCUGAUCACCCACGUCAACCUCAGCUGACAGCUUGUCAACCGGCCCUUUUGGCCCUCGUUUCAGAUGUGAGGUAUGCAAUCCGACACAUGGCUAAUGGCAUCAUCGAACUGGAGCUGCUUA